CUUCUCAGGCGGUCCUUCGCGGCGUCCCCGGGGCCGACUCCCGAGCGCAGGCGGGCGGCCUGGCGGGCUGCGCGGCGCGGGCCGACGGGAAGCGUAUUCUGGGCACGGGGUGCCGGGCCAGCCGGCCGCGCCGGACGACAGUAGUGGUAAGCCACCCAAGGUCUCGCGCGGCGCCGCCCGUCGAGGGGCGGGCGGCGGCAGACAACCGGGCCGUCGAAGAGUUCAGGAGGCCGGUGGGCCGGGCCGCGCGGCGCAGCCAUGCCAGGCUUUACGUGUUGCGUGCCGGGCUGCUACAACAACUCGCAUCGGGACAAGGCUCUCCAUUUCUACACGUUUCCCAAGGACGCUGAGCUGCGGCGCCUCUGGCUCAAGAACGUGUCUCGUGCCGGCGUCAGUGGAUGCUUCUCCACCUUCCAGCCCACCACGGGUCACCGUCUCUGCAGCGUCCACUUCCAGGGUGGCCGCAAGACCUACACGGUGCGCGUCCCCACCAUCUUCCCUCUGCGCGGCGUUAACGAGCGCAAAGUAGCACGCAGACCCGCCGGGGCCGCAGCCGCCCGCCGCAGGCAGCAGCAGCAGCAACAACAGCAGCAGCAGCAACUGCAGCAUCCGCCGCCGCCGUCAGCCUCGACUGCCCAGACCGCCCAGCUGCAGCCGAACCUGGUGUCUGCCUCUGCGGCUGUGCUCCUCACUCUUCAGGCGGCUGUGGACAGCAGCCAGGCUCCUGGAUCCGUGCAGCAGGCACCCACUGCUCCCACCGGAGAUGAUGUGAAACCCAUCGAUCUGACGGUGCAAGUGGAGUUCGCGGCCGCAGAGGGCGCAGCCGCCGCAGCUGCCGCGUCGGAGCUAGAGGCUGCCACCGCCGGGCUGGAGGCUGCCGAGUGUCCGAUGGGCCCCCAGUUGGUGGUAGUAGGGGAAGAGGGCUUCCCUGAUACUGGCUCCGACCACUCGUACUCGUUGUCGUCAGGCACCACGGAGGAGGAGCUCCUGCGCAAGCUGAACGAGCAGCGGGACAUCCUGGCGCUGAUGGAGGUGAAGAUGAAGGAGAUGAAGGGCAGCAUCCGCCACCUGCGUCUCACCGAGGCCAAGCUGCGCGAAGAGCUCCGAGAGAAGGAUCGGCUGCUGGCCAUGUCUGUCAUCCGCAAGAAGCAUGGAAUGUGAACGGGUCCCCCUGGGACUCCCCAGGCCCUGCCAGCCCAGGAGACCUGCUGGCCGCCAUUGCGAACUCGCCUAUACUCCUGGGACACUGGUUGACUGUACUGAGACUUAGGGCAGCUGGACUGUUGCUGGUGACCUGACACCCUCUUGUUUCCUCUUGAAGUCUGGGACCUUGGACUCUGCUCUGGUGAUACCAGCAAUUAAUGAUUCUCUCUCCCCCACAUCCCCAUCUCCAGUUCAUGUUGUGGGUUCUGGUUAAGCAGAGGUUCCUAGGAACCACUGAACUUGAAACUUACCCCGUAGGGAUGCAGGUGGGAUGCCCAAGGACUAUGGGUUUGGGAAGACAACACCUUGUGGUUUGCCAGCAAUCAGAGACAACUCUUCUGUGUGUAGUGAUAAGGGAGCCAAGUGACAUCAGUUCUCCUUUUCAUACUUUUCUUUCCCAGGUGCAGCCUGUGAUUCUGAUGGGAGCUGGCAGAUCUGUGCCUCUGCCUCCUAGGACCUCCCUCUCUAGGAGGCCAUCUACAAGGGGAUCUAGGUGACAUGCUGAUGGAGACCCAGCUUGCCAGGGACUUAGGUUUAUCUUGUUAUGUUUGCUACUGGUUACAAAUUCUAUUUUCUGUACAUUUAGUCAGACUAAAGUUUUCACUGUGUUUGUUUGGCAAAAUGAAUUAAACAGAAGGUAAGGUUUUUAUUUGGA